AUGUCGGAACAAGAAAUUGCAAACAUGAAUAAAGAGACAAUACGAAAAUUUCAUAAUCGAAUCAUGAAAGUCGUGUUGAAGGAUGAGAGAGAAUUUGUUGGAAGAUUUGUGUGUGUGGAUAAUAAGAUGAAUACAAUUUUGAAAGAGACAACGGAAUACCGAAAGAAACCUACCACAACAUCGUCGGAACAACCAUCACCACCAACAGAAGAAUCCCAUUCAUUUGAUGAACGAAGAGUAGGUCUUGUCAUGUUACCAGGCACUCUCAUCACCUCUUGUUUCAUUUCGGAAUAA